GCUGAGCUCGGCGGGCGGCCGUUGCGGUUGCGGAGCUGGACGAUGGGGGCGAGGACGGCGAGACUGCCGCGGCUCCUGCUCGGGGAUAAGAUGGAGGUUUGCUACUGCCGUGAGCAGUGAUAACCCAGCUACCGGCAUUCUUCAAGGAUUGUUGCCAAGGCAGUGGACUAUGGGGAACCAGAUGGCACCGUUGCCUCCUUUCCUGCCCCACUUGCAAGCGCUGCAUGUGGUGGUGGUUGGUCUGGAUGCGGCUGGCAAAACAUCGCUGCUGUACCACCUGAAGUUCCAAGAGUUUGUUAAGAGUGCACCUACCAAAGGCUUCAAUAUGGAGAAGAUCCGGGUGCCGCUGGUUGGCUCCCGCACCAUCACUUUCCAAGUGUGGGAUGUGGGUGGCCAAGAGAAGCUGCGCCCACUCUGGAGGUCCUACAUGCGCCGUACGGACGGGGUUGUUUUUGUGGUGGACUCUGCGGAGGUUGAGCGCCUGGAGGAGGCCCGGGUGGAGUUGCACAGGAUUGUCUGCUCCUCAGAGAACCAGGGGGUCCCUGUGUUGGUGCUGGCUAACAAACAGGAUAUGGCCCAGGCACUACCAGUAGCUGAAGUGGAGAAACUUCUUGGUUUGCAUGAACUCUGCACCUCUGCCUUGAACCACAUUCAGGGCUGCAGUGCAGUCAGUGGCCUGGGCCUUCAGCAAGGCCUGGAGAAGCUCUACGAAAUGAUUCUCAAACGCAAAAAGCUUCUUCGUAACAACAAAAAGAAGCACUGAGGAAGAGGCAAGGCAAAUCAGCAAUUUUGUUAUUAUUACUCCAAGGCACUCUAUUCCGAGCAAUAUAUGAACCAACACUGAACAGAUUUCAGUUUCCCAUUUGGUGAACUCUUAAUUUUUGGACCUGCGUGCCACUGUAUGAUGGCAGCCUCCCCUGACGCUGAGGAGGGUGGGCCUCCCUUGGAAGCUGUGAACAUGGGGAGAAAGGGCCGCCUUCCAAAGAGCUGGAGGUUGAGAUAUGGCCAUGUUCCAGCAGCACCUUUACUUUGACCAUGAUGCAUUUAUAUCUUUUUUGUAAGUCGUUAAGAGGCCCUUUUAUGGGCUGUUGUUUUUUGUAUAAAACGAACUUUAAAUUAUUAAACACACCAUCUCCACA